AUGACAGAAGAGUGUACUGUUGCAAUCACUAAUCAAGUUCCUGAGAAGAAAAGAGACUCAGGAUGUCCAACCAUCCUGUAUUUGAUUGGAGCGCUGAUAUUUGAAAGGGCGUUAUGUGAUCUUGACGCAAGUGCGAGCAUCAUGCCUAAAACUGUGUUCGAGAAGCUACACCUGCCGAAGCCAGAGCCAACUGCUAUGUGCCUGGAGUUGGCGGACAAUACCAUUCGCUAUCCUAAAGGCAUUGCUGUAGAUGUACCUGUGAGGAUAGGAAAUCACUUUAUCCCUGUUGACUUCAUGAUACUCGAGAUGGGAGAAGGAGCUAAAUCCCCACUCAUCCUGGGAAGGCCGUUCCUGAAUACCGCAAGAGCAAACAUAGAUGUUGGGAAGGGCGAGAUCAAGUUCGAUAUUAAUGGCACUAUGAACGUGUUCAAGUUUCACCCAUGCUUUGAGGAGAAGAACAAGAAGGCAGAAGAAAAGAAGCUAGCAGAAAAAGUUGCUAUCGUCCAGAAGAAGGAAGAACGCCAGCCUAUGAAGACCAAAAAUAUAGCCAAGCCUGUGCCUACAUCAAAGCCAAAGAUGGUGAAGAAGUGGGUGCCGAAGACUGCAGCGCCAACACCGAGCGCUGGUUUGAAGUGA